AUGUCGAAUCCGUUAGAGUCUUUGUUUGGACUGUUCCCCCAACUUCGGGAUCGAAGCUCAGAUACCUCCAUCAAUAUCUCGCGGAACAUUCCUUUUAUAUUGCCUCUUAGCCAAUUAGGCCUGUCUACAAGUGGCACCUCGGUCUCACAAGGCAAUUUCCACCCUCUGAGUACGUCGAACACUGUGUCGGAGAGUGCAGCCCACGGCCACAUAUACUCGGGAGGGAUGCCGGCACCCUUGUGGAUCCAACGCGAGCAGCAACUUACUCCGUUUCACUUUCCAUCCGCACCCACCUCUCAAAAUUUAGACGACACAAAGCUUCGUGAGGAUGGUAAUAAGGCGUUCAGGGAAGGGCGCUACACUGAAGCGCUUAAUUUCUACACCCAAGCCAUCGAGCGAAAUCCUAACCAAGAGCUCAACUUCUCCAACCGUUCAUUUGCACACUUCAAGCUGGGAAAUUAUGAGGCCUCUGCUAAGGAUGCCAUGGAAGCGAUUCGAAUAAACUCAAAUUUUUAUAAGUCAUACUAUCGCCUAGGCCUCGCACAGGUUGCGAUGGGCGAAUUUGCCAUGGCAUUGGAGAGUUUGAAAAAAGCACUGGAACUGACGCCGGUGAAUGAAAAGCAGCCGAUUAUUGUCGCGAUCGCGAAAUGUGAAUCGAAGCUUGCUCGGGCGCCGACUAGUUCCUCUAAUGGUUCGAUAAAUUUAGAUUCGCUGCAGUCACCAUUAAUGAUCAAGUCCGCUGAGGCGGAUGGCUACCCUUGUUCGGAACCGCAGGUCGACUACGCUCAUCUGCAGAAUUGCCUUGCCUCCAUCGGGGAGUCCCGCGCGCGUGUAGAUUCCUAUCAAAAAAUGUUCCAAGAGCAAGACGACAUCGUGAAUUGUAGUUCGCGUGUGCAGAGGGUGAAACACCUUAUGAAUGUUGCCACCACGCACAAGUUAAGCGAACUUUGCAAGCACGCUCAGGAGAUGCAAGAGGAGCUUCGAAACACGCUCAAUAGCCAGGAUCGAGCUUCAUACUACAACGCCAAGCGCAAUCGAGAUGAGACCUACAAAAACGUGUGGGAAACGGCCUCUGAGGUAGAGAGUGCGAUUGCGAAGUUGCGCGCGAUAGCGGCCGAGGAGCAAGCCUUUUUCAGGCGCUUUGGGUCUAGAAAAGGGGGCUCACAAGAGGUUACUACCACCGAAUCUACGGACGACUAUUUUUCAUCCAAAUCGUCAUCUCCGCUGACGUCGCAGCAUCCUUUUCCCACCUCCACUUUCCCAUCCUCUCCUCAGGCCGCAGGACACGAGGCGGGUCAUUUUGAGGAUCUCCUCCGGCGGAGGUUGACGAUCAACGAAAAUGUGCGAAAGGUGCAGCGAUGCUUCGCCGCCACCGAUUCCGCAGGCCGCGCCUUUCAACAGGCAUUGGAAAAAGAGGCGGCCGAGAUGAAGCGUAUUCUCCCUUUACUGGAAGAGGCGUCGAGCCUGAACCUCGAGCUCGAAGAGCAGGCUCGACAUGUCGCUCAUUUUGCGACCCGUGAGCUCUCGGCUAGUCGAUUGGAGGCGCUGGACCAGAUGAGCGCGAUGGUUCAACGCGUGAAACUCGAUGAGGGCUCAUUCAAGGCGACGCUCGAGGAGGGCAAUCAUCUCUUAGAGGAGGAAGCCCAGCUCGAGAAGGAGCGUCUGAUGCUGGAACGGCAGCGGAUUCAACUCCAGGCGGAGGUCGAGUGGUUGAAGGUGCAGGACGAGCCGGAGAAUCGGGUUUUGGUCUUGCAGAACCACAUCAAGGCCGUCCAGCAGCGCAUUGCCGACAUUCACACACGACAAAAUGAGGUUCAGAAGCGUAUUUUCGAACUGGUCCAGACGGAUCAUCCGGAGCUUGUGUGGAAGUCCAUCGCCUCCAGCUCACGCAUCUUGCGCCUUAUUAAAGGUAGCGGCCUCUGGUUGAACGUGUCGUUUUCGGACUUCCAGAUCGUAUCAACCCUGUCGUCGACCGUGAAUAGCAAGGUCUACCAUGCCGUGCGGCGCGGCGACCACUUUGCUUUAAAGGAGAUCGCUGUCGACGAUGAGAAAGUUCGCCGGCAGUUUCAACGGGAGGUGAACAUCGUGGCCUCUUGCUCGCAUCCAAAUAUUGUUCGAGUCAAAGGGGUGUUCUUCGAUGGUCCAUUCGCGUAUAUUCUUCUUCCCUAUUACCAUCGUGGGAGCCUCAAGGCACUCCUCGCUAAAAAAGAGCCGAUCCCAUGGGGGGAGGUGCAGAGCAUCUUCCGGCAGCUUGCUACCGGUCUCUCAUAUCUGCAUGAGCGGGGGAUCUGCCAUGCGGAUAUCAAGCCGUCGAACAUCCUGAUGUCCGAUAGCGGUAGCCCCAUGAUUUCCGAUUUUGGCAUCGCCAGGGAUAAUGGACCACUCGGGGAGACCUUUGAUAUCACGGUAACGAACAGCUCCUCAAAUAUGCAAAACGUCCUGGGGACGAUGCAGUACAUGGCGCCCGAGCAGCUCCUCGGUGAGCGCAGGGGCGCAACGAGUAAGAGCGAUAUUUGGGCGCUCGGCGUUACCUCUUAUGAGGUGGCGGCGUUUAACGCCUUCUUUCACGACGCGUCGGUCGGGGAACCGAGCCUCCCCCUCAUUCCGUCGAGCGGCGGCACCGUGGAGAUCUCCGCGCGACGCGUCGGGGGGGAUGAAAAACUCGCCGAUUUGAUCAUGUUUGCGCUGACAGUAGAUGUGAACAGGCGGGCGACCGCCUACGAGCUGCUCGCGCAUCCGUAUUUUAGCUCCUCGAUGAGCUCCCUUUACUGCAACGGCAGCAGCGCGACUCUCGCGAAGAGCGAUGAGCGGAUUGACGCGGUGCGCUCCUACAUUCACGCGAUUCGCGCGACGCACUCGCAAAAGACGCUCGUGUCCGUCUCGAGGAAUCAAAUGGUGGAAUCGCUCACGAAUAUCAUUGAGCGAUUUGACGAGGAGGAUAUGAUGGCGCCGAUCAUGGUCGUGUUUCAGGGCGAAUCUGGCAUCGACGAGGGCGCUCUCACGACGGAGAUGUUGACGUUGUAUUACGAGCAACUUGUUAAAAGAGAGAAAGCGCUCGUGUGCUCGAUAAGCGACGAGGAGGAGUCAUCGAGGGAUCCGGACGUGGGUAUCGUGACGGGGGUGACUUAUAUACCCGCUGAGGAUGAUAAAAACAUACGAACCAGCGUAUUUGAAUUACUUGGAAAGGUGCUGUUGAAGAGCAUCGUCGAGAACCGCCCGUUGCCACUUCAGCUUAACCUCUCCGUUCUCAAAUACUUCUGUGGUGCGUCCAUCUCCAUGUUGGACUUGGAGGAGUAUGACCGAGUUUUGGCGGAGUCGCUUAAACGUCUGCGCUUGCUUUCUGCGGAAGACCUGGAAAUGGCGGAGCUGAAGUUUUCAACCUUUACCGCAACCUUCUUGUCUAACCACUUCGAUGGAAAGUACAUACGGGAGACCGCCGUAACAACCGAAAAUGUGCGCGACUAUGUCGAACUUAGGGUUCAAUUCGACCUCAUUGAGCGACGAAAACGUGCCUUGGCAGCGAUGAAGAAGGGUUUCUACAGUGUUCACUCCAUCGAACCGCAUCUCAAGCUGCUCUCUCCAUCAGACCUCGUACUGCUAUUGUGCGGCGUUCAACACGUCUCCGCCCAAGCAAUCGUCGACUCGCUCGAGUUUCAUGGGUUUGAUAGCACAUCCAAAACCCCAACUUAUUUGAAGGAGUUUCUUCUAGAAACUUCACAAAACAAUUUGCGACGCUUUUUACAGUUUUGCACUUCCUCAGCUGCGAUGCCCGCAAAUAACAGUCUGAGGAAGAUCAAGGUGAUCAAGGCCUCGGACCCCCGUCGCUUACCGGUAGGUCAUGGAUGUGUGCAUCAACUAGACCUUAUGGACUACAAUGACAAAGAUGUAUUAAAGGAGAAGCUUGAAAUUGCGUUAGCCCACGUAAGUGAUGGUUUCCAUAUUGUGUAA